CACCAGUCCAUCAUUGACAGUACCCCAAACAAACACUCAUUCAUUCUAAACGGGACUAAUCACAUCGACACUCCAACACACCACCUCACCCUGACCCACGAAAAUGGGGUUCACAUUCGGAAACUAUGACGGAGUUUGUAAAGAAGUGGCAUUGAUCGUUUGUCCAAUGUUGGGAUCAGAUUUGGGAAUAGAAGCAGUUUGUUAUUCAAGAAAUGUAGAAAUAAACAGCACAAUCAUCUUUCAACCUGCAACCUGUUUCAUUCAUAUCGCAGCUCUAAUCAUGACCGCAAUUAUGGUCUAUCAUAUUCGAUCAAAAUACACAGCCGUCGGAAGGAAAGAGAUCGUGCUCUUCUUCUAUCUCUACGCCGUCUCCGAGGCACUCGCCAUCUUUCUCGAUUCUGCCAUCAUUCCAACAUACUCUGGCGCAUAUCCAAUCUUUGCUGCAAUUUAUGUUGGUCUAGGAACGGCAAUCUACUGGUGUUUGCUGAUUAAUGGUUUCGUCGGCUUCCAAUUUGCAGAAGACGGUACACCCAAAUCACUAUGGUUCUUGCGGAUAUCAUCCAUCGUCCUAUUCGUCAUCGGAUUCUUGGUCUCGAUCGGAACAUUCAAAUCAGUAGGAGGAUUAUCACCACAAAAGACAACCGGAUUGUUUGUCGUCCAAUUAGUCUUCCCCGUCAUUUGCGUUGCCAUUUACGUUAUAUCACAAGUGAUCCUCGUCAUUCGUACUUUGGAUGACAGAUGGCCAUUGGGUGAUAUCGCAUUCGGAUGUGCUGCUUUUGUUGCAGCAUGCGUUCUCAUGUUUGGAUUCUCUGCAGAAAUUUGUGUUGGUGUGAAGCAUUACAUUGAUGGAACAUUCUUUGGAACGCUUUGUUUGUUGUUCGCCGUUAUGAUGGUAUACAAAUACUGGGAUUCAAUCACAAAAGAAGAUUUGGAAUUCAGUGUUGGAAGCAAACAAAAUGUUUGGGAAAUCAAAGAUCCACUUUUGGGACCGAAUGACGUUGAUGUUGUUGGACCUCCAAGUCUGUCUACCCAUGAAUCUUCUUAUGGUCGUCAUAAUGCUUCCUCUGGCAAACUUACACCAGGAAGUUUCAAUACUAGCAGCGGAAAGAGUUCAGGUUAUCCACCAUCUGGUCCAACGAAUUAUGGAAAUUCGCCUUAUUAAACAGACAUUUCCUUCUGAAAUCCUACCACCGGACAAUAUGUAACAUGCAAAUCAAACUGACAUAUGAACAAUACCUCGAGAGCGGAGCUCCGACACACAAAAUCACAAUCUCUCUCAACACAUUCAAGCACAAUCAAUCCACACUUUUUUUUCUUUUCUGCUCUUUCUUCUCGAAUCUAUGUACUAUUUAUCUCUAUUUCUAACUGUCAAUACAUAUCAUCGAUGUGGUCAUGUG